AGCUGAUCAAGGCUCUCGCGUUAUUAAACAGCCUCCUGGACACCUGGACUCCUACACAUUCUGACCCAUCAUUUACAGUGCCAGAAAAACAAAGCAUUCCUGCUAACGAAGCGGAGAGACCAGUGGGUUGGCAAGCUCUGAGGAAAGGCUGGAAUACUGUCAGGGUGUCAGCUUUCCCUAGUUGCAGUCAGUCCAUUGAGCUCCCCACGGGGAAAAACCCAGAUCCGAACAGGGAGUCCCCUCUGGUGAAAACAACCAGCGUAGAGGCCUUCAAGCAUACUCCUCUGCAUCGAACAACUUCUACUGAGCCCUGCAGACCACACAGUCUGCUACAAGGGACAAACAGCACAGAGACAUACAAGUCAAAUACCCCUUUGCAUAGCACCGUUCAAUCUGUAAGGGCAACAGCCCCACUGCGUAGAACGAACAUUAGUUCACAGCCCUCACGCAUACAGUCAAAUUCUGCCGCGACUACAUUCAUCCCUCAGAACAAAGCUGGCUUCUCCUCCAUCACCAUCUCCUCCAGGAAAGUGAGCAGGUCAGGCAGUCUGCCGAGCUCCGACACCUGCAAUCACUCCUCCCAGUCCAGUGAGUCCUCUUCUCCACCUCUAACCCACCAGCCCAUGGACCCAAACUCCAGGCAUGUCACAGUGCAGAGGAAGGCCACUAUAGUCAAAGUGACGGAGCAAAGGGUGAUGUCCAGCCCUGUUCCGAGCAGAAAAAAGGCGGAUACACCACCAGCUAUCCAUGGUUUGGACACAGUGGUCCACAGAAGAAAGGCUACCAUCAUCAAAGUGACGGAGCACAGGGAGAGCUACAGUCCAGCCACGGUAGGGUCCAGGAUGAGGCACCCAGAGUACAGACACAGCUACACAGAGGGAGUGUACAAGGGCAACAACACAUGGAGUCAGGGAAACUAUUUGCAACACGUUGCAGCGCCUUCAUAUCAGCAUUUAGAUUCCACAAAGAGGCCAAACCCUACUCUAGCACCAAAUACAUCCACCUCAGAUCCAGAGAAAAAUGGCAGAACUCUACACAGAUCCACACUGAGUCUUUUUGUGAGCAACCCCCCUGCCAUAACAGCACCCACUCCCGUAGAGGUUUCUCCGAAAGCUGGUGUACAGAGAUCGGACAGGCCGCGCAGACCACUGAGCUGCUAUGGCAACGUGUUCGGACACACUGAGCCGAGCAAGGAGAACGCGACACAGCCAGCUGCCAGGAAGUGGAACUUUUGGCUUCCACAAGAGACCAGUAUCGAGCCUGCGAACUCCGACAUUAAUUUCAUCAGCCCAAGAGCAGUAGUGAAAGAAGCAGGUCAGCGAGUGGCAGACACCCUUAAACCAAACGGAGACGAGAGAGAAAGAUCGCCACCGCCAGAGGAUGCAGCGAGGAGAGCGUCUCCCAGUCUCACACUCAUCCAUGCCCCGGAUCACCCCUCGCAUCAUUCUCCAGAGGAAGUGCUUGCACUCAAUGCAGCUGCGAUCAUAGCAAAUAUCAAGCUCCAAAGACAACUCAGUAAGAAGAAAACACCAAAUGUCAAUUCUGAGAAGGACUCAACUGCAUCACCCCUGGGAAAUACUGUGACAGAUGUGUGUAUGAAGCCACAUCCUGAUCCAAGCCCAGUCCAACGCCACAACCUGCCUCGUGCGGCCUUUGUUCCACUGAGUCUUGACCCUGAAAGGUCACCGGAAACCGUUUCUCUACAGGAUGCGCUCCAGAAGUCCAGACCGGACUUCAUCAGUCGUUCCCAAGGCCGAGUGCAAGAGCUGGAACGAAGGGCACAGGAGAGGAGAGAGCUGGCAGGUUCGGUCGACCCAGAGUCGGGUGCUGCUGUCAGGCAGAGGAGAGCCCGCAGCGCCCGGUCUACCCCUCUGAAUGAUAACCUUUUCAAACCCAGAGAUAAAGCCAUUACUGGGAAGGAGAUGCAUCCCAGAUCCAAGCACACGCUUGCAGAGGUGAAGAGGAAAAAGGAUGAAGAGAAGAAUAGGGAGGCGUGUUUGAGCAACAGACAGCGAGUUGAACUAUUCAAAAAGAAACUGUUGGAUCAGAUUCUUUACAGGAGCAACAACUGAAUGACUGGCAAGAGAUGACAAUGAUGCCAUGCCAAAGCCUCUGGCAUUGCAUAACAGACUGAGGAAGUGAACUCUGCCCUUUGGCUGUGCUGAAUUUGAGUUAAAAUAUCAGUGUGGGUCAUGUUACAGAUCUAGCCUUACCUCGGCUUUAGCCCCUGUUUGUUUCUCUCAUGUAUUGCAUGUAUGUAUAACAUUUGUGUUACAGAGCUUAACAUGUUUUUUUUCUGAAAAAUAAGUGCAUGCCAGUCUUUCAAGAACCUAUAAGGUCAGCUGACAUCUCUUACUGCUGUUUUGAAGGUUUUUUUCACAGUUCUCAAAGACUCUUAUGUCCAAAAUAUGUCAGAUGCAUAAAAAAAA